GAUGACGUCGCCGGAAGUCGGGGCCAUAGAGACUAGCCGCCUCGGCGGCGCUCGCUGGCGGACUGGAGAGCGGCCACGGCGAGGCCCGAGACGAGGCGUCGAGGCGGUUCACGUGGGUCCCCCCCGACGGUGUAGGCACCUGACCACGACCAUGAGCGACAAGCCCGAAAACGAAAGCCCGGAGCCCCUGGAUGGCUGCGGCCAGGACAGCAGCAGAGCCCCGGGCAGCCCUGCAGCCCCUGCAGCACCCCGGGAAGGGGAGGAGGAGGAGGAGGAGGAGGAGGAGGAGGAAGGGCCUCAGCCUGGUCUGUACAGCUACAUCCGGGCCGACCUGUUCACGUCGGAGAUCUUCAAGCUGGAGCUGCAGAACGUGCCUCGCCACGCCAGCUUCAGCGACGUGCGGCGCUUCCUGGGCCGCUUCGGCCUGCAGCCGCACAAGACCAAGCUCUUCGGGCAGCCGCCGUGCGCCUUCGUGACGUUCCGCAGCGCCGGCGAGCGCGACAAGGCCCUGCGCGUGCUGCACGGCGCCCUGUGGAAAGGCCGGCCACUCAGCGUGCGCCUGGCCCGGCCCAAGGCCGACCCCAUGGCCAGGAAGAAGCGGCAGCGGGAGGAAGGCGAGGGGGAGGCGCCAGCGGCCGCGCAGGUGGCCGACGUGGUGACCCCGCUGUGGACGGUGCCCUACGCCGAGCAGCUGGAGCGCAAGCGGCUGGAGUGCGAGCAGGUGCUGCAGAAGCUGGCCAAGGAGAUUGGGAACACCAACCACACCCUGCUGCCCUGGCUGCUGUCACAGAGGCGCAAGCACAACAAGGCCUGCUGCCCCCUGGAGGGGGUCCGGCCGUCGCCCCAGCAGACCGAGUACCGGAACAAAUGUGAGUUCCUGGUGGGCGUCGGCGUGGAUGGGCAGGACAACACCGUCGGAUGCCGGCUCGGCAAGUACAAGGGCGGGACGUGUGCCGUGGCCGCCCCCUUCGACACCGUGCACAUCCCCGAGGCCACCAAGCGGGUGGUGAAGGCCUUCCAGGAAUUCAUCCGGUGCACCCCCUACUCAGCGUACGACCCCGAGACAUACACAGGCCACUGGAGGCAGCUGACCGUGCGCACCAGCCGCCGGGGCCAGGCCAUGGCCAUCGCCUACUUCCACCCCCAGAAGCUGAGCUCCGAGGAGCUGGCGGAGCUGAAGGCCUCCCUGGCGCGCCACUUCACGGAGGGCCCGGGCCAGGCCAGCGGGGUCACCUGCCUCUACUUCGCGGAGGAGGGGCAGCGGAAGACCCCCAGCCAGGAGGGCUUGCCCCUGGAGCACGUGGCCGGGGACCGGUUCAUCCACGAGGAUGUGCUCGGCCUGACCUUCCGCAUCUCCCCGCACGCCUUCUUUCAGGUGAACACGGCCGCGGCCGAGGUGCUGUACACGGUCAUCCAGGAGUGGGCUCAGCUGGACGCGGGGAGCACGGUGUUGGACGUAUGCUGUGGCACUGGCACCAUUGGCCUGGCCCUGGCCCGGAAGGUGAAGCGGGUCAUCGGGAUCGAGAUGAGCCAGGAGGCCGUGGAGGACGCCCGGGUGAAUGCCUGUGCCAAUGAGCUCAGCAACGUGGAGUUCCACUGCGGGAGGGCCGAGGACCUGGUGCCUGCCCUGGUGAGCAGACUGGCCUCCCAGCAGCUCGUGGCUGUCCUGGACCCGCCCCGCGCCGGCCUACAUUCCAAGGUGAUCCUGGCAGUCCGCAGAGCUGAGAGCCUCCGGCGGCUCCUCUACGUCUCAUGCAAUCCCCGGGCGGCCAUGAGCAACUUCGUGGACCUCUGCAGAGCCCCGUCUAACCGGGUGAAGGGGACACCGUUUCGGCCAGUGAAGGCCGUGGCCGUGGACCUGUUCCCGCAGACCCCGCACUGUGAGAUGCUCAUCCUGUUCGAGAGGGUGGAGCAGGAGCACCCCAACGGCACGGGGCCCCUGGAGCACCGAGACCCUCCAGCCCCACCCCCACCUGGGCCCCCAGAGGACACCCCAGAGGGCUGUGCCCUGGGAUGCUCAGGGGCGAGCAGCCAGGAGGUGUGAGACCAGCAGGCAUGUGGCCGUGGCCCCUGCAGCCUGCCUGUCCCCACCACGUCUCCUGGAGCAGUAACCUAGGUUGGGAGUCGCCAGUCCCCCCUGGACUGUCUGGAAGCCUCAGUCCCCAGAGGGAGGUCACUGCAGGGCUCUCCAGGAGAGGCCGGUCCAGGCACCGCCUGCCCACCCCCACGCAGGCUCGGGAAGGACAGAGGCUCCACCCUGGGGUACCUAGCCUGUGAGAGGGGGCCUAGAAAGGCCCAGUGCACGGGCCCUAGCCUCCCGUAGGCAGAAGAAAACAAUACAGCCGAUCCCUCUUGGACAGUUUGCUUUAUGCUUCAGACAACCAGGGCUCAGCCUUACAGCCGUGGCCAGCACCCACACGUCAGCACUGGCAUCUGUCAGGGCCCUGCAGCACGGCUGUGCACACACAGGACUCGACCCACAUGUGGCAGCUGUGAGGACCCCGGCUGUGCUGGGGCCACGGUGAGGCUCACUGGCCUCUAGGGAAACACAAGUGCACAAAGCUUUGGUUCGCGGGGUGCAUCUGGCUGCUCUAAGGGCAACCGUCACGGCCAACGGACUUGAAGCUGCAGACAGGAAGCGAGACGGCGGCAAGCGUGUGAUUACAGCCACUUGACUGGGAGGUUUUCUCUGCAGACCAACACAGAAGCCGACCUCGGUCACAGAGGUGGGACAGGAAGGAGAUGCUGAGGGCGGCCCCGCCAGCAUCCUAGCAACAGCACCAUCUAGUCCUUGGGGGUGUGCUGAGACGGACACAGUGCACAGCCUGACAUUGGACUCCCGCGUCUGAUGGUGCCCGCCGCACAUGGGCCCUGCAUUGGUAUGGAAAUGGAGCUGACCGUCGGCCACUGUCGCUAGGGUCCUGAGGCUCAGACAGGACCUCGUCUGCACCCCACAGCAGAACCAGUGAGCACAGGUCCUGGCUGUCGUCACCAGGAGGCAGGACAGCGGCUGCCACUCACGGCCAGCUCUGGAUCCAGAACGGACUGCACCAGAGGCCCACUUCCUGUUUACACACCUCCACUUGCUAAAAUGCAUGAUUCCAAAUCUACUUUUCUACUCUCUCUGUAAAAGUUUCUCUCCAAAUGCUAAAAUAUCAUAAAAGCUUUAAAAAUUGAUGAGUGCACAGGUGGACUUGACUGUGCAAAAACUCUGUAAAAAACUGGUACCAGAGGCCAGGCAGAGUGGCCCUGG